GGGGGUGUACGGACGAUGAGAUAGGCAAGCGAAAAAGCUCGCAAGUUCCGAGGAGUUUGCUCGUUGGCAGCAGUAGCAGUAGCAGUAGCAGCAGCACCAGCAGCAGCAGCAGUCCUGGCCUGCCACAAUCCUUUCGAUACGGUCAUCGUUAUCCGGCAACAGGGAGGAAGGGAUACACUACAGUCGACAAUAAUUAAAUGUAGAUAAGCCUUAACGCGUAAGGCGCAUUCAAAGAAAAAUCAUCGGAUGGAAGAAUAACGAGUAGAGAUGCAUUGCUGUGGCGUUGGAGGUGGCGCUUCCACGGCACCUCAGGCUCCGCAGCUGCAGGCUACCGGAUCUGCUGUCGGGGCUACCACCUCCACGAUCAUGCAGGACCCAGUUCUCGAGUCCAUCCUCGAGCAAAUGCGAGACACCGAAGCUCGGAGGACAGAUUUGGAACGACAACACGCGGAAGCACAGAAUCAGUUACGUGAGAAGAUAGCAGGUCGAUACCAAGGACCAGAAUCAGUCGAAGCCCUACAAUCGAAAAUCAGAGAAUUGGAGAAAAAAACCGAAUUGCAGAUGGUCAAACAUGAGGAAUUAUCGCUGGAACUGACGAGUUUAAGAAGGGCUCGAAGUCGUGGCCCAGCGGUUGGUCACGUUACAUCCGCAAUACCCACAUCCACUUGGCCUCCGGCUGGCUCUGAAAUUGAUAGAAUUAUUGCAAAGAUUGAACAAGACAGUAGCAGUGCCGGCAGAAUGUUACACGACUUGGACCAUGCUCGAGGAAAUAUAACUACACAGCAACCUUCGGCCACGCAAAGUAUUCUUCGAUCCAGUUCGGAGAACCUUCCUAAUUUGGGCCAACAUCAGCACCCUCCUCAUCCACAUGCUCUUAAUUUGGGGAUGCCCACGCAAAUGAGCCAUUACGCAGGAUCGCCCAUGCCAUUGACGCCAAUGAUGCCUGGUUGUCCGCCGUUGACGCCAAACGGGCCACCGUAUCAUUAUAGCGAACCAAUACCUCCAGCACCAUCUCUCUCUACUAGUCAGUCGCAACCUGCUUUUCAACAAAAGCUCCAGCAAUAUCAACAACAGCAACAACAACAAACGGAUUUGUCGAGUUCUCAUUCUCAGGGAGCCUUGCCCUCCCAACAAAAGCAACAAGCGCACACACACUUUACAAGUAAUCAGUAUCAAGAGAGUUACCCGCAUACGCAAACUUAUCAGCAACCGCUUCAACAGCAACAACACCCGAGCUCGACUUCGUACCUGACAGCGUCGAAUCAAAGUGUGAUACCUCAUUAUACGCAGCCAACUCAAACUGCGCAAAGUUAUCAAUUAAAUGGCAGUCAGCAUGGUUCUCAACAGAGGAACUUUUUAUACGAUUGUCAACAGUCCACGACAUACCCUAAUCUAUCAAUGUCGACGCAUCCUAAUGGGACGUACAGUUCAGGAGCUUCUUACAACCCUCAACUGUCUCACCUUAAUUAUUCGGUUCCGCCGUCGAAUAUCACGCAAACGACCUUAUCAACGUUGACACCAUAUUCGACGGCAUCCUUCCAUUCAACGUUAGGGCCGCUUACGAGCGUUCCUCAAACCGUUCUUCCUUUCUCGAGCGUUCAAAGCACCUAUGCUACAAGCGGCUCGACUUAUUCCACUGUCGGGACCAAUGCUUUCGGCACCUCGGGCGUCGGCUCGGGACGUUUUAUGCGAUUUCUCAUAGGCACUACAUCAGGAAGCUUGUUACAAGCAAUAGGAGAUCCUUUACAAGCGAUGCAACAACUUUCUGCUCAAUCGCAAGCCAAUCAAUUGCAACAACAAGCGAUUAUUCAACAAAUACAACAAAGUUUGCGAGCUAGUUCGCCAACGGCGACAGGCACAACGGGUCACCAUUUUCUUGGUCCAAGACAAAUGCCAAAAAUCCCUACUAGUAUACUUACUAAUCCUUUAGAUAGAUUGACCAAUGAAAAUAUAGUAUCUGAAGGUCAAGUCGACAUGUUGGAUAUACCUGGCAAGGGUAGAUGUUACGUUUACAUAGCUCGCUUCACUUACGAGCCCUUUCAGCAUUCGCCUAAUGAAAAUCCAGAAGCUGAGUUACCCGUACAGGGCGGGGAUUACCUUCUUGUUUGGGGUCAACCAGACGAGGAUGGUUUCCUUGACGCUGAAUCUCUCGAUGGAAGGCGUGGUCUCGUACCUGCUAACUUUGUACAAAAGUUAAUCGGUGAAGAUCUGUUGGAAUUUCAUCAAGCUGUCCUCGGCCUUAGAGACGUCGAUGAUUCUGCUUCAACGAAUAUUCCACAAGUGAGCAAUUGCUAUCUGCAGGACAUCGAUCUAGAAUUAGCAGCUUUAGAAGAGGGAAAUCGAAAUCGACAAGCUGAGUUAUCUGCUUACGCUGAAUUAGACAAUAUUGCGGAAGAUGACGAACAAGAACCACCAGAAGUCUACCUGUUUUCGGACCUAGUUCCGGCGCCGCAGCACCUCACUCUCGAACGACAACUCAACAAGAGUGUCCUGAUUGGGUGGACCGCUCCUGAAAAUCCUCAUCAACUAGAAUCCUAUCAUGUCUACGUGGAUGGUGUACUGAAGGUUACCGUCAAAGCUACGGAAAGAACGAGGGCAUUGGUCGAAGGAGUUGAUUCUACUAGGCCCCACAGAAUAAGCGUACGAUCGGUGACGCAUUCGAGAAGAACAUCAAGGGACGCAGCUUGUACAAUGGUGAUCGGCAAAGAUAUUGCUUUGGGUCCAACUGCCGUAAAAGCAUCCAACGUGACAGCAACCAGCGCCGUGAUAUCAUGGUUGCCAAGUAAUAGUAAUCAUCAACACGUAGUUUGCGUGAAUAACGUCGAAGUCAGGACCGUGAAGCCAGGAGUUUACAGACAUACGAUCACCGGUUUGGCACCCUCGACGAUCUAUAGGGUAACGGUGAAAGCGAAAAAUUUAAGAGCAACGCAUUUUGAGGAUCAAAAUGCACAAGCGGUAAACAAUUUUGCCUGUCAUGUCCACUUUAAGACAUUGCCCAAAGGAUUGCCAGAUCCUCCGGUCGAUAUCCAGGUGGAGGCUGGACCGCAGGACGGCACUUUGCUAGUGACCUGGCAGCCUGUUGCCCUAAACGGUUCGGCCGUCACCGGUUACGCGGUGUAUGCCGAUGGAAAAAAAGUCACCGACGUUGACAGUCCCACCGGUGAUCACGCUUUGGUCGACAUACACAAACUUAUGGGCCUGAAUCCAAAACACAUAACAGUCCGUACGAAGAGUAGGGAGAGUCAAUCGGGUGACAGUUGUGCUACAGCGAUACCUUGCAGCGUUCUUCGAAGUGGUACGAGUACUCAUUUGCAACACGGUGCUCCACACAUGCUCGAUCAAGGCCAACAACAACAACAACAAUCGAGCGUUAUACAACAGGACGAUCCGAACCGUCAUCGUAUGGCAGCUCAGCGAUAUCCUACUGCACCUGUUCCAUCGCACAUGAGAAGACAAGGUACCAGAGUCGAUGCGCAUGGUCAAGUAAUCAUUGAAACAGAUGAAAACCUCUCCGACAAGGAAAUAUUUCCAGGACAGAGCAUCUCUCAAAUGGCUGUUCCAGAAAUCACGAAGGAUUCUGCCAGCGAAGCCAACUAUAGCGAAGAGGAUGAUCCAUCCCGAAGAGGUCGUGGAAUGUCACCUCAUCAUCAUCGAUACGGUCCUCAAGGCCCUCAAGGACCACCUGGAGCAUAUAGAUCGGUUAGAAUGGGAGGACCUGGUAGACCUCAGGAUGCUUAUUACGAUCAAACAGGUAAUCAAAGGAUGAGAGGACCUAUGUAUGGAGCUAGAGUAAAUCAAGCUCAAGGUGGCAACGUUCAUCCAGCAAGUGGCGUUCAACAAAUGAAUAAAAGGGCACGCCGAUUCAUCGCAUUGUUCGAUUACGAUCCAACUACUAUGUCACCAAAUCCUAACGCUUGCGAGGAAGAAUUACAAUUCUCCGAAGGAGACACCAUCAAGGUAUAUGGUGAAAAGGAUGCCGAUGGUUUUUAUUGGGGCGAAUGUCGUGGUAGACGAGGAUACGUGCCGCAUAAUAUGGUUGAGGAAUUAAAAGAUCAAAAUCAAGGUGGUCAAGGACAACCUAAUAGACGAGGUCCUGCAUCCAAUGAAAGAUGGGGGGAUAUUUAUGCGAGUAUGCCUAUGAAGAAAAUGAUAGCGAUGUACGAUUAUAAUCCACAGGAACUCUCACCUAAUCCGGAUGCGCAAGUCGAAUUACCGUUCCAUGCGGGUAAUGAAAUUUGUGUUUAUGGUGAAAUGGACUCCGAUGGAUUUUACAUGGGUGAACUUAACGGAGUUCGCGGUUUAGUGCCAAGUAAUUUCCUCAUAGAAGCAUCUAACCAGGGUCAACCUUCUCAAGGAGGUAGAAGGCCACCGGGACAAAGUCAAGGACCCGGUGCGAGGGGUCCACCACCCCCACCACGAGAACCUCCGCCAACUGGGCACCGUCGUAGUAAAGAUGCCUGCAUUGUGCCUGUGUCUGUCCCUGUCUGUCACUUAGACUCUAGACAACAACAACAACAACAACAACAACCACUAAUGAACAACCAACAACAUCAACUACAACAAAACAAUCCACCGCAUCUAGCGUACCAACAAGCGAAUCACCAUAGCUAUACGACUGUAACCACGUCUAAUCAGCAUGGGCCCAGUCACUUGCCUUCCGGCGGUGGUGUCAUGGGUGCCCACCAGCAAGGGCCCCUUCCACCCCACCUUCAACAACAGGGGAAGGGGAGGGGAGGCGUGGGCAAUCGAGCCGCUGGUAGUAACUUGCCAGGUGGUAUGCAGGCUCCGGGACAACACAUGCAACCGCAACAGCAGCUCGAUUAUCAAGGUCAGCAGCAACAAAAUCAACCGUAUCAACAACAGCCGAAUCAACAGAAUCAGAAUUAUCAGCAAUCAAACCAGGGAUACCCGCAACAAGGACAACAGGGCUUUGGACAGCAAGCUGGACAACAGUAUCAACAACCGCAACAACAACAACAGGGACAGCAUCAACAGCAGCAGCAGCAGCAGGUGCAACAAUCGAAUCAAGGAUAUGGUCAACAAAACCAAGGACCAUCGAUGCAGAGUUCACAGCCAAGCAGCAAACCUAUGAGGGGUAUACCCGCUGUCCUUCCAACUGCUCAAAGCAAAACUACACCGAACACUACACAAGGCCAACAACAACAGCAACAGCCACAACAGCAGCAGAGUACGGGUCCGAAUCUAAUGCAAAAAUUUACAGAAAUGGCAGGUGCCAGUGCAGGCGGAGACAUUCUCUCGAAGGGCAAAGAGCUUAUCUUUAUGAAGUUUGGCUUGGGCAAGUGAGCUAUUGCCUUUACUACAUCGCCGAUAUUAAAAAUACAUCUUUUCUUUUUCUUCCUCUCCGCUUACGAUAUUUUGACGCGGAUUCCGACGACGUAUCGAUAACGAGCUCCGCGAUCAGAACGUUCGAAUGUAACGUUAUUACGACCGAUCGUACGUACGAGUGCAGGAUAAAAGGAUAAAAUAUGAUAAAAGGUUUAAGGGAUAUAUAUAUAUAUAUAUAUAUAUAUAUAUAUAUACAUACAUACAUACAUACAUAUAUAUAUAUAUAUAUAUAUAUAUAUAUAUAUAGAGAGAGAGAGAGAGAGAGAGAGAGAAAAUCGAGGAUGAUUCGCUGAUUCCUUCGUCAAGUUCGAUGAACUUCGAUGUGUCCUGCCAUCGCUGCCGCUGCUGUUGGUGCUGGUGCUGGUGCCAUUACCGCCGCUGCCGCCAUUGCCAUCGCUAUGCAAUCGCUGCUAGAAUUCGCUGGAAGCAUAUAAACGCAGGCAGGUAAUCGAUCGUAAAAUCUUUUGGGAAACAUCUUCUAACUCGUCUAUCAUUUCACGUUGGAAAAAGAGAUAGAGAGAGAAAAAGGGAGAGAGAGAGAGAGAGAGAGAGAGAGAGAGAGAGAAAGAGAUGGGAAAGACGAAGGAUCGGCUUUGUUGCCGAUGUUAUUAUAGAGGGAAAGAAAACCGAUAGAAUUUUUUUAAGAUCACCCUGAUAUAAUAAAAAUAAUAAUAAUAAUAAUAAUAAUAAUAAUAAUAAUAAUAAUAAUAAUAAUAAUAAUAAUAAAAAUGACAACGGUAAGAAAGUAAAAGAGUUCUCGCGACGUUGACGCAAAAACCAUGCGAGAUCUAUCUCCUUAAGAAGAAAAUAAUUAAAAGAUAAAGAAGAAGAAGAAGAAGAAAAAAAAAUAAAGAACAGAGACAGAAACUAAACAAUGUUAUUCCGAAUAUACUUAUUUACGUUUCGAGGAGAUACGAGAAAUGGGAAUUUGCAAAAGCGGAAGACACAUAUAUAGUAAGGUUCCUCCGAAAAUCUUAAUAUAUCCUCUUCUAAUUCUUCUACGCGAAAGCUGGAACUUCUUCGCAGGUGCUAAUACAAUCGACGAGAGUAUUAUCUUGAUGUUCCAAUGUACGUGAGCAAUGCAGAUUCAAUUUAGAGAAAAAAAAAAAGAAAAAAAAAGUAUAUUUCCUUCAAUAUUGUAUAAUAUAUUCGCGAACGAAUAUACAUAAAUGUUGGCCGAUUAUAAAAAUGUUAUCGCGUCCAGACCAAAGUACAUCACCAACGCGUGUUGCAUGUUUUUCGUACCUGUUGCCGUACCUUCCAAACGGUGUGGACGAUCCACCUCAUUUCGAAGUUCUUUCUGUUAAUAACUAUGUUGGCUUUUUCCUUGUAAUAAUUGACAUAAUGCAAGUCCUCGUUGAGAAUCGAAUGUGUCUUUCAUUUCGUCCACGUAUACACGAGACAAAGAGAGAUAAAGAAAAAGAGAGAAAGAGAGAGAAAGAGAAAGAGAAAGAGAAAGAGAGAGAGAGAGACGUGGACAAACGCAAUUGAUUCGUUUCUCGUGUUACGAUGGAAAUAAGAAAAGAAAAGAAAAGAAAAGAAAAAAGUAAAAAAAAAAAAAAACAAGAAAAAAUGCAUUAACAGAAUCAGG